AUGUUAUCGAAUCUUGAGCGGAGACUCGGCCAGGCUCUACUCGAGCAUCCAUCCCGACAUGGCUACCGCUAUACCAAGGAAGCCCGCCAGGACCUCCUCGAGCUCCUCUUCCACUGUAUGACUGGUUACAACGAAGAAUACCUUCGCCUACUAUUCCCCAACGGCUUUUCAGAGAGCGAAUGGAAGUUGUCGGAAGCUCAGGGUGCAGUUGAAGGUGCGGAGUACACGGAAUCAGCUCGGGGAAAGCGGUGCGGGCACAUUUUCAAAAACGGCGAAGCUUCAUACCAUUGUAUGACCUGCUCUACCGAUGAUACUUGCGCGCUUUGUACCCGCUGUUUCGAUUCUUCAGAUCAUACGGGUCACAAGUAUUCUAUUUCGCUAUCCAGUGGGUAUAAUGGGUGCUGUGACUGUGGCGAUGAGGAGGCGUUUAAAAUCCCUGUUCUCUGUGCUAUACAUACUGCGACGCCGCGGGAUACUGAAGGGAAAGGGAAGUCUUCGUCGUCGUCACAUGCUGCGCAGACGCCUGUUGAUCUGGUAGAGAGUAUUACCACGACGAUUAGCAGGGCUUAUGACUAUUUCUGCGAUGUUAUCUCAUGUUCACCAGAACAGUUGAGGCUUCCAAAGACUGAAGCUGGUAUCAGAGAGGACGAGGCAGCGUCGAGGCUAUUGGCGGAAUGGUACGGUGGGAGUGACCCCGUUCAAGAAGAACCUGAGUUCGCGCUUGUCCUCUGGAAUGAUGAGAAGCAUACUGUUACCGAGGUCGCAAAUCAAGUGGUACGCGCCUGUCGAGAGGCGUCACGGUUCGGGGUAGAGAAGGCCAACGAGACCCACGAGAUUGGGAGGAGUGUGGUGAAAUACUCGAAGGAUUUGGAGAAUCUACUGGUGGUGUCGAAGAUCAUAGAGCAGAUCAGGGUUACGGUUACAGUGAGGUCGGCAAGAGAUACGUACCGAGAACAAAUGUGUGGGACCAUUAUUGAGUGGCUUUCUGAUAUUGCCUCCUGUUCUAUAGGAGAUGACAAUGACCUUCUCAGGCAGACUGUGUGCGAUCAGAUGAUUCAACCCUGGAGACUUGGAAGUAGGGCAUCAAAUGCCGACAUUGGGAAAAGCGGCAUCUAUGAUAAUGAGGAAGAGGAUCGGUCGAGAGAUUACUCCGUGCGGGUUUCAAUCGGUCCCGAAGGACCAUUUAUAGAAGUUGCGGCAGCGCCCGACGAUAUAAAUCCCAACGAUGAUGGCGAAGUGGAAGAAGGCCAAGCAAUGGGGGAGGGGGAGGAUGAUGAAAAUGGAAAUGAGGAUGAGGAGGAUGAGGAUAUGGACGAAGUCGAUACCAUUCGGCUUACUCUGGAACAAGAUGUAGAGACUAUGGAAGCAAGGGCAAACACUAUUGACGCGGACGUUGAAAUGCCAGACAAUGAUUUGGAAAUCGAGGAGGCUACUCUUGUUGCAUAUCCUUCACCACUUCCUCCACCCCCGCCAUCACAGGACCCGCGACAGGGUGAUAACCAAGACAUUGCUACUCUAAUUGUGCCUACUGGCCCUGACAGUGAGGGCCCUGCGGGUUCCUUUGCGUCUGGGAAAAUCGAUAUCCCCAAAACGCCUGGUGCGAGAUUCCAACCUUCUGCAGAAGCCCCCUCUUACUGGGUGGUGAAGCCUCAGCGAUUUUAUGAUAAUGAGGACCUUACACCCUAUGAAGACUUGCGGAAGCGGACAAGACUCGAUUGGAUUAUUUUGUUCGACUUGAGGCUAUGGAAGAAAACCAGGACAGACGUUCGGGAAAUGUGUCUAGGCACCGUCGUUAACGUUCCACAGUUCAAACGGAUCCUUGGUUUGCGAUUCUCUGCUUUAUAUACCGCUCUUGCCCAGCUGUAUUUGAUCGCGGAUAGGGAACCGGACCAUUCUAUCAUUAACCUCUCUCUACAGUUAUUAACAACGCCUUCUAUAACAGAAGAAGUCGUCGAACGGGGGAACUUCCUGACGAAUAUUAUGGCUAUUCUUUAUACUUUCCUUACGACACGCCAGGUUGGGGAGCCCCACGAUGUUCACCCUAACGCGACUCUCUCAAUAGACACUGGCUCGGUAACUAACAGACGAUUAUACCAUUUCUUCCUUGAUUUGCGCUAUCUCCUUCUAUCAGAGCAUGUUAAGCGUCGUAUCCGUAGCGAGAGGCAGUAUCUAAUGCAAUUCCUGGAUCUUGUUAAACUUCCCCAGGGAAUUUGCCCUAAUGUUCGCGCAGUCGAGGCCCACGUUGAAUACGAGACUGAAGGCUGGAUUGGGGCAUCUAUUCUGAUGCGUGAAAUUAAUCGAUUGUGUCGUCUGUUCUGCGAGGCGUUCCGCACAAUCGAGUCUGAAGAAGAUGCUGACAACCUCGUUGACGCGAUAGCCACCACUGCCUACUCAACCAUGAUUAACUCACUGGGGCUGGAGCGACUUCGCUUCGUCCACGCUGAGAUUCUUGAUUUCGUUCGCUUCAAGUCUGUUCCAUUCGUGGAAUUCGAGAAGGAUGCUUUCCAAAAGGUUACCCACCAUCGAAUUGUCGAAUUUGCGGUGGACCGUGGUUCGAUUAGUUUCCACCAUGCGCUCCAUUAUACACUGUCCUGGUUGCUGGAAUAUGGACGGGCUAUGUCUCCUGAGAAAAUGAGAGAUGUACUAAUUCGCGCGGCGGAGAUGGUUAGAUCCCAGCGGCUAGCCAAUUCGCCUCACCCAUACCUGAGCCCGGAUGAUAUUUUACUCACCAUGUUUGACUACCCCCUGAGGGUAUGUGCAUGGCUGGCGCAAAUGAAAGCUGGAAUGUGGGUGAGAAAUGGACUCAGUCUUCGACACCAAAUGAGCCAAUAUCGUGCAGUAACCACUCGUGAAAUGGCCUUCUAUCGAGAUAUCUUUUUGCUGCAAACAGCCUUUGUCGUCUGUGACCCUAGCAGGUUCCUUGCGAGUUUGAUUGACCGCUUCGGUGUUGGCGAUUGGAUGCGGGGUAACUAUGUGACAAGGCCUGGUUAUGAAGACGCCAAACAUGUGGAUAUUCUGGAAGAGAUGGUCCAUUUAAUGAUUGUUUUAGUCACAGAUCGAACAUCGCUGUCAUGCAUGAACGAUGAAGAUAGUACCCAAAACAGUAUUAUGGCUCGAGACAUUGCGCAUGCUCUAUGUUUCAAGCCGCUGUCGUAUACUGACCUGACCAUUCGGAUGAAUGAUAAGUCUGGAGAAUCGGGUAAUUUCCAGGAAGUGCUGGCAGAGGUCGCUACGUUCCGCCCACCAGAAGGCAUGAAUGAUACAGGCACUUUUGAGCUGAAGCCUGAUUAUCUCGAUCUAGUGGAUCCAUACUGCACACACUAUACUAAGAACCAGAGAGAAGAGGCUGAAAACUUAUACAAACAGUGGAUGGCGAAGAAGACAGGCAAAGAUGCUGCUUCAAUUGUAUUCGAGCCGAAGCUUCGCGUGAUCCGGUCGGGAGCAUAUGUUGGGCUUUCUAACUUCACUCAAACACCAUUGUUCGCUCAAGUUAUUCACCAUUGCCUAGACUAUUGUUUAACAGCCAAGACCGUUACCAAAUCCAUUACUACCACGAGGAUCGAGACGCUCUUGCACCUGGUUCUUCACACGAUACUCUUAGCUACCCUUGAAGAUCACGCAUUUGAAGAUGACACUCAUGAAAAUUUAGCGGAGCGAUCUGACUCGACGCAGUCAUUCGUCUAUCACGCUCUGUGCAGGACCAAGUUUACUAGGACUGCGGAGAUAAGCAUUAUCGGCUUGCUUCAGAAUGUAUCGACGGUGCCAGAAUUUUCCUCGUGUGGACCCAAGAUUCGUCAUAUAUUGAAGAAGUUUUGGCAAAUGCGACCGAAGGCCUACGCCGCAGCGACCAUUGCUCUUAAGUUCCCAUACGAUAAUAUCGAGGCUCCGUCGCCUGCUGGCAAGACUGAGAGCGAGCUCGAGCUUAAAAAGAAGCAGGCCCUUGACCGACAGGCGAGAGUAAUGGCACAGUUCCAGCAGCAGCAGCAAAACUUUUUGGAAGCGCAGGGUUCUAUUGACUGGGGUGAAGAGGAUGACAUCAGUGAAGCUGAAGAGCCGAGCAUUCUCAGCCCAACCGAAAAGAAGUUAUGGAAGUACCCAGCCGGUCGAUGUAUUUUGUGCCAGGAGGACACCAACGAUUCACGUAUAUACGGAACAUUUGCAUUCAUGGCUGAUAGCAGGAUCUUCCGGCAAACUGAUAUGGCAGACUCAAGUUACGUUGGGGAAGUACUGAAAGUUCCCUCUAGUCUCGAUCGUUCCGCCGAUAAUAUUCGCCCAUUCGGUGUUGCUGGAGAGAAUCGGAAAAUGGUACGGAGUCUAGAUUCGACUGGCGGGGAAGUCAUUACGGAAAAGCAGGGUUUGGGUAAAGGUUUUAGUCCAAAACAAGCAGCAGAAGGGCCGGUAACAACUGGUUGCGGACACAUUAUGCAUUAUCAUUGCUUCGAAGAUUAUUACAGCGCUGCGCAAAGAAGACAUCAUCACCAGGUUGCUCGCAACCACCCUGAGCGGCUGCCUCUGAAUGAGUUCGUGUGCCCACUAUGCAAGGCACUAGGAAACGCGUUCCUUCCAAUCAUCUGGAAGGGUAAGGAAGAGUCCUACCCUGGGGCGUUGAACACAGCAGAUUCCUUCAAUGAAUUCUUGGACGAAACUCUGGUCUACUCUGUGACCAGAUUCCGGAAUCAUGCUCUGAUAAUGGAGAGUGAUAAGCUAUAUUCCUCAGGGUAUCAGGACUUGUUUGUCGAUUACGUCUCUAAAAAUUUUAUAAACCCCUUGUCUCACAAGGUGAAUCAGCUGGCAACGCCAGCUCUCCCGGAACUGCUUUCUUUCCCCCAGCCUACUAGGAUGCAAAUGCCAGGCUUAUACCCUCCUGCAGAUGAAAUCAUCUCGAUGGGCCCGACUCCUACACAACCGAUAACUGCUCCCGCAACAACUAACGACGCCAUGGUCACUGAGCUUGUGUCUAUCUACAAACAAUUGAGAGAAACUAUCCGCCUCAACGGAGUGCAGUCUCAAUUUGGGUAUCCAGGGAAUGUGUCUGACGACCUUAUCCAUACUGACGUCUUGAUCAGAACCUUGGGACUUUCCAUUACAGCAGCAGAGAUUGCGCAACGGGGUGUUGGAUAUGAAGGCAGUACCACCCUAUUGGCUCAAAUUCCGCAGUUGACCUUAACGCACCUUCGCGUACUUUCGGAAACUGCUUUUUCGUACUGCGCAGUCGGAGGAUUAAACACAACGGCAACAAAUAAAACAGUCUAUGAAUUUAGGGAUAUGCAUCGACGGCGAUUGUGUCAGCUGUUCGUCGGACACCCAGGCCUCUCUGGCCUAUCCAACCUAGCAUAUGAAAACAAGUCCAUCGAGCCAUUACUUCGGCAGGAUAGCUUUGUUUUCCUUACUGAAUGCUCUCUGUGUAUAGUUCCCGUGCUGAAUUUGGACAUUCUCCACGUCGUCCGUUUGUGUUAUGUCGCUGAGAUCGUCAAGACUUUCCUGGGCUAUAUCUUACGGCCACAAGGUUUCCUUGAAGUUCUGGAAAAGCAUGGUUCAGAAUCUUCUACAAAUGAUGAUCCAAUGAGUCCACAUGAAUCUUUGACCAAGGCUAUGUUGCAUUGGCUUGUAAAAACGUACAAGGCCUCUUCGGUCGAAAGUUCAGUGCCCGAGGAAGGCGGCUCCUAUCUUCUUAACCACGCCGAGGACGUUUCGAUCGAAACAGUUAAAAGCCUCCGGCUAUUAAUUGACAAAUAUGCCCUCCCAUUCCUCCGUAAAGCGGUGAUUUUACUCCAUGUUAGGUUUGGCGUCGAAUUCCCAAAUACCGGUUCCGAUUAUAAUGACUUGGCGGAGAUCGAUCGCCUUGCAACGCUGCUCAAUCUGCCAUCCAUUGACAGCAUUUUUGAUUCCCUUGUCAAUAGUGACGGAGAAGAUAACAAUAACAUUAUUGCCUUACUAGUUUCUGGAUGGAUUUCACAUUUCAUUUCCUGGUUUCCCGAAGAUUCAGAUGCUGAUGACCAGCAACAGCAACAGGAGCAACAUCAACAACUGGCUACCUUGUCACUUCCGCACCCUGCGAUUUUCGAGCUAGUAGGACUUCCCAAGUAUUUUGACACGCUUUUAGAUGAGGCUACGAGGCGCCGUUGCAAGACUACUGGCAAGGAACUCACAGAUCCAAGUAUUUGUCUCUUUUGCGGUGACAUCUUCUGCUCUCAGGCCGUUUGUUGUCGAGGUCAAGGCGAUUGGAGACUGGGUGGCUGCAAUCGCCAUGUUGCCAUAUGCGGUAAAAACAUCGGCCUCUUCAUCAACAUCCGCAAAUGCAUGGCCCUUUUCCUCCAUAAUAAGAAUGGCUGCUGGCAUCACGCCCCUUACCUGGACAUCCAUGGUGAAGUCGAUCCGGGCUUCCGACAUCAUAGGCGCCUGAUAUUAAAUCAGAAGCGGUAUGAUCGCCUUCUCCGCGAUGUGUGGCUGUCUCAUGGAAUCCCUGCUGUGAUUAGUAGAAGGCUGGAAGCCGAAAUUAACAAUGGGGGAUGGGAGAGUAUCUAAGGUGUUGUAGGGUAUUCAUGUUUAAGAUUGGGAAAUUGGAAUUGAAACGGUUGAGCAUGCUGUGUUUUCUUAACCCCUCCCCAGCCCAUUUUUGUCGAAUGGCGAGCGAACUACAAUGCUUUAUUUACUCGGUUACUCUUCACGUUUGUUUUUAUGACGAAAGCGCAUUUCCUGCUUUGUUUUGUGCUAUCGUUCUUCCGGUAUCAUGUGUCCCCGCAAGUCUAUCCAUCAAGGAGUACUAUGUUGUAGCCGCUUGCUCAUCCCCAUGGUGUAGCUACUACCAAUUGCGAUUUUACCCCCACACAAAAAGCGACAUAGUUACUACAACAAAUUGUAGUUUUAGGCGAAUCGAAGAAAACUUGGACCAGG